AUGUCAAAACCAAAAUCAACAUCAAGAAAAUCGUCUGUUAACGCAACACUCUUGCAAGAUUUAUCUUCUCCAUUAUCACUUUCAGUUGUACGAGCAUUAUCCGGUGUUUCUUCAACACAAAAGAAAACUACCUUUCAAUUACCAGUAAUUACAUCAACAAGUUUAUUAACCACCUAUGUCUGUGAUACUCAAGCAUUCUUAUCGAGCGAACUUGAGCUUUCAUCAUCAACACCCACAAUGCAUCAUUCUGCUCUUUCCGAUGAGAAUCAACAUUGGAACGGUAGAACGCGUGAUUAUCAAAUACCCGAACAAUCAAAUAUUAGUACUUGUCAUCGCUGUACCUUGCCCUUAAACAGGUAUACAACAUCGAUCAUGCGGUAUAUGUCGAUUUUAUUGUGGGUAUAUCAAACAGGUUCAAGCGAAAUACAAUUUCAGUAA